CAUAGGUCGUCAAAAAUGACGUGGAGCGUUAGGUUAUGAAUUUGUUGUAUAUAAAAAAAUCGUAAAUAAAUAGCUCGUGAAAGAGUAUAGAUAGUUUGUGAAACACAAUUUAGAUAUUAUUCUCCAAAAUGAUAGAAAUAACGGACACUCAAAAGAUAGGUGUGGGCCUGGCUGGGUUUGGUAUGACAUUCCUCUUCCUUGGAGUACUGCUGCUAUUCGAUAAAGGUCUGCUGGCCAUAGGCAAUAUUCUUUUCAUAAGCGGUCUGGCCUGCGUGAUAGGGCUUCAGAGGACGUUCUUCUUCUUCUUCCAACGGCACAAAGUGAAGGCAUCCGUGGCCUUCUUCGGUGGCAUCACCAUCGUGCUGCUCGGCUGGCCCAUGGUGGGCAUGAUAGCUGAGAUUUACGGGUUCUUAUUAUUGUUCAGGGGUUUCUUACCAGCUGCGAUCAACUUCCUACGGAUGGUCCCAGUUUUGGGGUCGCUGCUCAGCCUGCCCAUCAUACGGGGGAUCGUGGACAGGAUAGCAGGCGACAACGGUCGGAAUAUGGACGGCGAUGCCUAAUGAAGACAAGAAAAAGUAAAAAUAAAUAUGUAUUAGUUUGACA